UGUGGCCGAACCAAAAAGUUUUGUGCUAGUCCACUGCCACAAUUCUGGCUGCAGGUAGCAUUUGGGACCAGGGGACACCUAGCAUCCGAAUCCGGAAUCUACUUUCCAGCAGGGUGACACGCUUCCCUGAAGACCCGAAGCCUGACUUGACUUCUUGGGUGCUUCAAUGGAGGAGCCACAGUCAGACCUCAGCAUCGAGCCCCCUCUGAGUCAGGAGACAUUUUCAGAAUUGUGGAACCUACUUCCUCCAAACAAUGUUCUGUCCACAUCAAUGUCAGUUGAUGCCAUGGAAGAUCUGUUCCUGUCCCAGAAUGUUGCAAACUGGUUAGAAGAGCCAAAUGAAGGCCCCCAAAUGUCAGCAGCAGCUUCUACAGCAGAGGACCCUGCCACUGAGGCUCCCGCACCAGUGACCCCUGCACCAGUCACUCCCUGGCCCCUCUCAUCUUCUGUCCCGUCCCAAAAAACCUACCAGGGCGAAUAUGGUUUCCGCCUGGGCUUCCUGCACUCAGGGACGGCCAAAUCUGUCACCUGCACGUACUCCCCUUCCCUCAAUAAGCUAUUCUGCCAGCUGGCAAAAACAUGUCCUGUGCAGUUGUGGGUCAGCUCCACACCUCCUCCUGGCACCCGUGUCCGUGCCAUGGCCAUCUACAAGAAGUCACAGCACAUGACAGAAGUCGUUAGACGCUGCCCCCACCACGAACGCUGCUCCGAUGGUGAUGGUUUGGCUCCCCCUCAGCAUCUCAUCCGAGUGGAAGGAAAUUUGCGAGCCGAGUAUCUGGAUGACAGGCAGACUUUUCGGCACAGUGUGGUGGUGCCAUAUGAGCCACCUGAGGUCGGCUCUGACUGUACCACCAUCCACUACAACUAUAUGUGUAAUAGCUCCUGCAUGGGGGGCAUGAACCGCCGGCCCAUCCUCACCAUUAUCACACUGGAAGACCCCAGUGGGAACCUGCUGGGACGGAACAGCUUUGAGGUUCGUGUUUGUGCCUGUCCUGGGAGAGACCGUCGUACAGAGGAAGAAAAUUUCCGGAAAAAGGGAGAGCCUCGUCCAGAACUGCCGCUGGGAAGUACUAAGCGAGUGCUGCCCACCAACACAAGCUCCUCUCCCCAGCCAAAGAAGAAACCACUUGAUGGAGAAUAUUUCACCCUUAAGAUCCGUGGUCGUGAACGCUUCAAGAUGUUCUCAGAGCUGAAUGAGGCCUUAGAAUUAAAGGAUGCUCAGGAUGCAAAUGGGUCAGGAGACAGCAGGGCUCACUCCAGCUACCUGAAGUCCAAGAAGGGCCAGUCGACCUCCCGUCAUAAAAAACUAAUGAUCAAGAGAGAGGGGCCUGACUCAGACUGACAUCCUCCGCCUCUGCCCCGCCCCCCAGCAACCUCUCAUCCCCUUUCUCCUUUCCUGCCAUUUUGUAACUUGGGUGCUUGGGUUAAUCCGGUCAUCACCGGUGUCUGGGGAGGGUAGUGAGAAUACCAGCUCAGCUUUUAGGAUUCUGACCAUGAGAGUCUUGAAGAGAGGAAGAAAACUCUUGUUGGUGGGGUUGGAGCUUGCAGUUGGCCAUGUGCUUGGCUGUGUGCAGUGGUGAGGCCCCACCCAGUUCUGAGUUUACUUUCUCCCAACUUGAACAACCACAUCUAUAAAAUGCAGAUCAGCGUGUCUGCUCCUCAGGGUUUGUUGUGAUACUAGUCCCUUCCAGACCUUUUUAUUACCUUGUGGCUGGGACUCGGCCCCCUCUGAGUGAGUUCCUGGCACCUGUUGGGGGAUGGGUUCGUAGUUGCCAGGUCUCUGCUGGCCCAGCGAAAUCCUAUCCAGCCACUUGUUGGACCCUGGCACCUAAAAUGAAAUCUCACCCCACCCUCCACCCUGUAAGAUUCUAUCUUGGGCUCUCAUAGGGUCUGUAUCCACCAAGACCCAUGUUCUUUCCACCCUCAGUUCAGGAUCAGUUUCUCUGAACUCUGCCUGUCCUUUGUGCAUUUACCACCACCCCGUUUCCCUUUUUAUACCCCCUUUUAUAUAUCG